ACGUUGUAAAUGUCGUUAACUUUCUUUAGCGUGAUGAGCUGUUGUAUAAUAACUGACAAGCACUUCAAUUAUUUUUUUCAUAAUAACACAUCUAAAACCAUCUCUAAUGGACCGUGUUGUCCAGUCGAAAUGUCAAAUUGUAACAUUUGUUAAAAUUGUAGGUCAAAGUUUGAGGAAAUUAUUUUAGGAUGAUGUAAUAUUGUGUACAAAAAAUGAAAGACAAGAGACUUGAAGUGAAACUGAGCGUCCGCGGCGACGGCUCGCUCAGUAGAAACAGUUUGAGAAGCAGCACCAGAAGCGAUCGAAGUAAUUUGAGCAACAACAGUGGACUGCCCGUUAGCGAAAUAUUCGCCACAGAUCGAUUCUCAGCACCACACAGCAGACCUUUCGAUACACUCGAUAAGUACCGCCGGCAACCGAAUCAACGCAGCUAUAUAGGGCAAAGUAUGCCCGCAUUGAAUCAGUAUCAACCGCAACCUGUAAACACCGGAUAUGGAAUCCGAGAUAGACGCAAUCCGUAUAUAGAUUACGCUCAGCCAGUGGACACGAGGCCUUAUUACACUCAAUCGCAAUAUUUUAAUGACAUGGGACAAAUGCGCUAUGAACCUGUUUAUAACGAUUCUUACGCUAUGAGAUAUGGAACUCUACCUAGAGCUGCGAGUCGCAUGGACGGGCCGAAUACCGAUGCCAAUUAUAAUGCAUCCAACAAUUAUACUUUACCAAUGAGAGCUGGACCACGACGUGUACGAAUCAGCGAAUUGGAGCCUAUCGU